UUGAAAGAUAUGAGAAAUAAAGAGAGAUGAAAGUUUUAUACAAUGGAACCACACCAAAAAUUUAUGUCUCCAAUAUACAAGAGUUGUGUGCAGAAUGUGUGAGGAGUGAAAGUGACUCUUUUACUCGAUAAAAAUAGGAGAUGUUUUUUGAACAGAAGACUACAGUGUGCGUGCCAAUUGUUUAAAUGUGCUCCUACUUCAAUUUUUACUUACAAGAGAAAAAGAGAACUAAGAUUAUUCCCAGCGUUGCCACCCCUCGUCCCUUUCCCCGGCGAAGAAACCGUGUAAGCGGCGAAUACAGAACUCAGCCUCAAGCGACGAUUUAAUUUUCCCGUUAUCCCAUUGAAUCAGCUUCAACCAACCCGUUUAAACUAUCACCUGAACCUUUUCGUUUAGCACACUAACUGUUUGUGAAAAUGCCAACUAGCAUUAUUCUUCUCCAUUUAUCCAACAGGGAAGAAACAAAAAGCCCAAAUUUUUACCGUUUCGUAGCUCUCAAUAUGUUAUUCUAUUUUCAUAUGGCAGUAUAACAUCCAAGUCCCAUCGGUAGAUUCUCGUGGGCAUGCUUCAACACAAUUUGAAGACAUUGUGUUCUAUAAUUAGGAGCUUAUGUGUAGAAUCUAGACACAAGGAAACCUUGUCCUUUUUCCAUCACUGCUUGAAGGAUUAUGCAGCUUUUCAACCAGAUCACAUUGUUCUUGCUUCAGUUCUCAAGUCUUGUUCUUCCCUUUUGGCUGUUAACUUGGGAAAAUGUCUGCAUAGUUGUGUUGUUAAACAAGGCCAUGUUUCUUGCCAUGUUACCAAUAAAGCAUUGCUUAACAUGUAUGCCAAAUGUGGCAUGCUUGAUGAUUGUCACAAGCUGUUUGAUCACCUCAGCCACUGUGAUCCUGUUAUUUGGAACAUUGUUUUGUCUGGGUUUUCAGGGUCAAGUAAACACGAUGACGAUGAUGUGAUGAGGGUGUUUAGGAUGAUGCAUUCAAGUGGAGAGGCGAUGCCUAAUUCUGUUACCGUUGCUACCGUUCUUCCUGUUUGUGCUCGUUCGGGGAAUCUGAAUGGUGGAAAGAGCGUGCAUUGUUAUGUUAUCAAAUCUGGUUUUGAAAGGGACAUAUUUGCUGGAAAUGCUUUGGUGUCGAUGUAUGCAAAGUGUGGACUUGUGUCUUGUGAUGCAUAUGCUGUCUUUGGUAGCAUUGUUCACAAAGAUGUUGUUUCAUGGAAUGCGAUGAUCGCCGGCCUUGCUGAGAAUGGGUUGUUUGAAGAAGCAUUCUCAUUGUUUCGUUUGAUGAUAAAAGGACCUAUACAGCCGAAUUACGCAACCGUGGCAAAUAUUCUGCCUGUUUGUGCUUCAUUUGAUGAGAAUGUCGCCUACCGUUGUGGAAGACAGAUCCACUCUUAUAUGCUGCAGUGGCCUGAACUAUCGGCUGAUGUUUCUGUAUGUAAUGCUUUGAUGAGCUUCUACUUAAAAGUUGGACGGACGGAAGAAGCAGAGUCUUUGUUUUGGACAAUGGAUGCAAGGGAUUUGGUCUCCUGGAAUGCAAUUAUUGCGGGAUAUGCGUUGAAUGGUAAAUGGUUAAAAGCAUUGCAUCUAUUUGGUAGUUUAGUGUCUCUAGAGACUUUAUUCUUGGAUUCUGUAACCAUGGUUAGCAUACUUCCAGCAUGUGCACAAUUGGAAAACUUGCAGGUGGGGAAGCAAGUCCAUGCACAUAUUUUCAGACAUUCUUUUCUUUUUGAAGAUACUUCGGUUGGAAAUGCUUUAGUUAGUUUCUAUGCAAAAUGUGGCUAUGUAGAAGAAGCAUAUCACACAUUUUCUAUGAUAUCUAGAAAAGAUUUGAUUUCAUGGAAUUCUAUUUUGGAUGCCUGUGGAGAGAGGAGGCGUCAUUCAAGAUUUCUCAGCCUGUUACAUUUGAUGCUUAAACUAGGAAUUAGACCCGACUCUGUUACAAUAUUGACCAUAAUCCAUUUUUGUGUUUCUCUUUUGAGAGUAGAUAAGGUGAAAGAAAUACACAGCUAUUCAAUUAGGACUGGAUAUUUAUUAAGUGCUACUGCACCAACUGUUGGGAAUGCAAUACUUGAUGCAUAUUCCAAAUGCGGUAACAUUGAGUAUGCAAAUAAAAUGUUUCAGAAUCUGUCAGAAAAAAGAAACCUGGUCACAUGCAAUUCGUUGAUAUCAGGUUAUGUGGGUUUAGGAUCACAUCAUGAUGCAAAUAUGAUAUUUAGCGGGAUGUCAGAGACAGACCUUACUACCUGGAAUCUAAUGGUUCGAGUAUAUGCUGAAAAUGAUUGUCAUGAGCAAGCUCUUGAGCUGUUAUCAAAGUUACAAGCUCUAGGGAUGAAGCCUGAUGUGGUGACUAUCAUGAGCCUCCUCCCAGUAUGCACACAAAAGGCAUCAGUUCACUUACUGAGCCAGUGUCACGGCUACAUUAUUCGGUCGAGCUUUGAGGAUCUUCAUCUUAAAGGAACCCUCUUAGACGCAUACGCAAAAUGUGGCAUCAUAGGUCGUGCAUAUAAGAUAUUUCAAUCAAGUGCUGAUAAAGAUUUGGUUAUAUUUACUGCUAUGAUUGGUGGUUAUGCUAUGCAUGGCAUGGGCAAAGAAGCACUUAGUACUUUUUCUCAAAUGCUCAAUUUGGGAAUCAAGCCAGAUCAUGUUAUCUUUACUUCCAUAUUAUCUGCUUGCAGUCACGCCGGCCGCAUAGAUGAAGGACUGAAGAUAUUUUAUUCAAUAGAGAAAAUCCAUGGUAUGAAACCAACAAUGGAACAGUAUGCUUGCGUGGUGGAUCUCCUCGCUCGAGGUGGCCGCGUUAGCGAAGCAUAUUCUCUUGUGACAAGGAUGCCGAUUGAAGCUAAUGCAAAUAUCUGGGGGACAUUGCUUGGUGCCUGCAAAACCCAUCACGAGGUAGAAUUGGGUCGUAUUGUAGCAGACAAACUCUUCAAAAUUGAAGCUAAUGAUAUUGGAAACUACAUUGUGUUAUCAAAUUUGUACGCAGCAGAUGCUAGAUGGGAUGGGGUAAUGGAGGUUAGAAAGAUGAUGAGAAACAAAGAUUUGAAAAAACCAGCAGGUUGCAGCUGGAUUGAAGUGGAGAGGAAAAAUAACAUUUUUGUGGCUGGAGAUUGUUCUCAUCCACAAAGAAGCUUGAUUUACAGUACAUUGUAUACAUUGGAUCAACAAGUAAAAGAACCGAUGGAAUUUUAGCUCAAUCUCAGGUGUGUGCAUUGUGGCAUUCCCAGUGUCUCAAAAGAAACCAUGUAUCUGUUGACCCAACCGACCAUGAUUGAUUAAUUAGGAGAAAUACUUGUAUAGAACAUCUCUUAAUAUAUUGAGUUGACUAAACUAAUCAAUAACAUAUUAAUUAUUAAGUGGCGGAAAGAUUUCUAUAAUUGGUGAUUAGUUUAGUUUAGCAUUCAAAUUA